AUGAGCGGCAAGAAAAGCUACAACGGAACAUCUGAUACCCCGUCAUGGUCGAGGAAGAUGGUACAGAGUUUGAAAGAGAUUGUGACCUGCCCCGACGCAGAGAUCUAUGCAGUGCUCAAGGACUGUAACAUGGAUCCUAAUGAAGCCGUUAAUCGCCUCCUCUCCCAAGAUCCUUUUCACGAAGUUAAGAGCAAAAAAGAAAAGAAGAAAGAGUCCUGUUCUGACAAUUUUAAUCAGAAACUUAGUGUCCCUAUAUGCACCUCUGUUUUCAAAAUAGGGAUAUACCGGAUUCCCGGCCAUGAGGCUAUAGUAACAGUUACAACCGUGGGACUAGAGGUGGUUCUGAUCGUUAUGCUGGAGGACCUGGAAGAAGUGGAACUACAUCUUUCAGCUCUAGUGAGGCUGGGAGGUUCCCAUGAAAAACUACAAACAAGAGAGAGAGCGAGAAGCAGACUUAUGCAGCUUCUUUUUCUUCUACAUCUGGAGAAUCGAGCCACCAUCAGAUGCCACACAGCUGCCGGUCAGAUGUCUAUGGCUGACAUUGUGAAGAUGGGUAGACCUCAUAACAAGAUAACGAACUCACAAAAAAAUCAUGAGCAUGACAUUGCUGCAAAUCAACAUGUACCUGUAAAAGAUCAGUGGCCCUCGAUUGAAAAGCUGACGGCUGCUAGCACUGCUUCUGUAUCAGUGGAACCAACUGAGCCAGAGAUAUGCAAUGGUCCAGCAGAUUACCAGUCCAGUAGAGGAGGAGAUCGACAACUGAAGGAUCAAUUGGAAGUUACACAGAGAGCAGACAAUGGCCCCUUUGGAAAUCUUGGAAGAGAUCAGGUCCAGGCUGACACUGUCGCUGGUGGAGUUGUUCCAGAAGAUGAAUCUGGAGUGUCAUCUGAGUUUGAUGAUAAUCCUUACAGACACGAAAUGCAGAACCAUCCUGUUGAGCACCAGAGAGAUGAAGAUAAUGUUUCGUCUGUUGCUGUCAACCUUCAAGAAUUAAGCGUAGAGAACCAUGAUAAAUACUCAUCCCAUGAUGAGGAUAGACUUGCUGUCGUAAUUCCAGAUCAUCUGCUAGUCUAUACAGAAGAGUGCUCACAGUUAAGCUUUGGAAGCUUUGGAGCAAGACAUUUGAACAACAACUUAGAAGAGGCAUCUAAUGUAGCUCCACAGAUUGAAGAUUCUGAUGCUAGGCAUGCCCUCAUUACUGAUUUUCCUUUGCUAAAUAGUUUCUGA